UUAGCGUCGCACCAAGGGAUGGAGCUGUACCGCCUGCUGCUUCCCAGCCUUGCGUGCCUGCUCGCACUCAGGGGAGUAGCGUCAGUGCGAUUGUACCCAGGCGAAGUGGACAACCUCUUGGAGCUGGCUAGCUGGUGGAACAACUUCCAGGGCAGCGAGACAUGGCAGAUGCGCUAUGCGGACUGCAUGGCUCUGUAUGGCAUUGCCUGCGACAGAGACGGAUUCGUCACUGACCUAGUUUUACAAGCGGGGAGCUUUAAUGCACCAAUACCUGACAUGAUCAGCCGGUUGCAACACCUCACACGCCUGGCACUCCCCUUUUGCCAGCUUACAGGCACCCUUUCUGAAUCCCUCUUCAGUCUCACAUCGCUCAUCGCCAUCGAUUUUUCAGGAAAUCUCAUCACAGGGACUAUUCCCGCUGCUUUCAGCCGCCUGACCAACUUGCGAUUGCUUCUCCUCGGUGUGAAUCAGCUCUCAGGUCCCAUCGAUCCACUCACCAGCUUGCCGCAACUGCAACAACUUAAUCUGGACCAGAACUCCUUCAACACGUCCAUCCCCUCUGACAUCAGCAAACUCACUGCGCUUCAAUUUAUGAACCUUGAGAGGAACUCGUUCUAUGGAAGCAUUCCCUCCUCCAUGGGCAGCAUGGCAGAGCUCAAGGCGUUGGUGCUACGUUUCAACCAGCUGAGUGGCCCCAUACCCGACUCCUUCAGCCGCCUGCACAACCUCUAUCAGAUCAAGUGGGAUAAUAAUCAGCUGACGGGGUCCAUCCCUGAUUGGAUAGGAACUCUCUCUGCGCUCAAGACUCUGUCGCUGACCUACAAUGCACUGACCGGAACAAUUCCAGCCUCUCUGGCAUCACUGCCACGCCUUGACGUUCUAUUUCUUGGUGCCAACCAUCUUUCGGGAAGCAUACCUGCAGCACUGGGUGAUAUUCUGAGCUUGCAGUACCUGUGGCUGGGGGUUAAUCAGCUGUCUGGAUCCAUCCCGACAGCCAUUGGGAAACUCACCAAGCUGCGGGACCUGGACGUAUUUGGCAACCAGCUAGAAGGGACUCUCCCCAGCACCCUCCAGAGCCUCUCCAAGUUGGAAUAUUUUUCGCUGUCGUUCAAUCGGCUCUCAGGCCCCGUGGAGCUCAUCAUACGAGGCAUGAAGAACGUCACUUCAUUGUAUAUCAGCAACAACCAGUUCUCUGGGCGCCUGCCCAGCCCUGCAGCAGCAGGCGUGCAGGCGUACGCUGUUGCUGAGAACUUUUUCUCGCACGGGCAGGUCAAGUUCAGCAACUGCUCUGCGGUCACGUGGAACACGUAUUUGAACUGCCUCACGCCUUACAAUGGCAUCUGCGGCCUUGUUUACACCCAGAGGUCUGCUGCAGACUGUGCUGCGUUCUGUGGGCUGCACGUUGGUGCCACUGGCCCUCUGUGUGGGGGCCAUGGCUACUGCUCUCGGAACACCGUUACUGGAGCAGGGGAGUGUGUGUGCGAUCCCAACUACAUGGUCAGCAGCAGCAACACCAACGUCUGUGUGCCUGGAGCUGCACGCUCAUCUCUGGCAUCUGCCUUGGCGUACGUCUCCCUUGGGGGCUCUGCCUCGCUGCUUUCCAACGGCUCCAUUCUGCUCACAAGGGAGGCGGUCAGCCAGCAAGGCUCUGCCUUUGCGUCGCCUGCCAUGCGCCUCUUCUACAUUCCUGACAAGCGCUCUCCCUGUGGAACUGAGCUGGGCUUCCGAGUUGCCUUCACCUUUGCCAUGAUCCCCGGGGAUCAGGGGACGGGUGGGGACGGGCUUGCAUUCGUGGUGGCAGCAGCUGCUCCUGGCAAGGGGGCGAGUGUGGGGCUGGGAGGGGUGGGGAAGCGGAGUGUGGCGGUGGAGUUUGACUCGGUGCUGAGUGUGAAGCACAGCGACCCCAACGACAACCACGUGGGCGUCAAUGUGGGCGGCUCACCUGUGUCCCUCGCCUCUGCCACGGCCCCUCUCAUCCUCAACGACGCCCACACCAAGCACGCCUGGAUCCACUACGACCCCACCAGCGGCGGCACCCUCCGAGUCUUCCUCUCCUCCGACCCCGACCAGCCCCUCACCCCCACCCUCACAGCAAGCGUGUCUCUCUGCUCCGUGCUCAAGCCCACUGCAUCCGACUCUCUCUUCCUCUUCGGCUUCGUCGCCCUCUCAGGCAGCCAGCCCCAGAGACAUGCCAUUUUGUCCUGGAACUUCGUCACAGAUAUUCCCUCUUCUCUGUAA